GGAGAAAGAGGCUGUAUGGUGAGCGGCCUGUGCCCGCGUGGGCCAGCCGGCAGAAUACGAAACGCGCGCCGCAGCUGCGCAUGCGUACUAGCUGAAAAGUUUUUGGCGCGAAAUUGUACGUAACGCGCAAAAUUAACGCAGAAUAGUUUUUGCGGUUAUUAUAUCAAAAACUUUAUUGUGUUGUGAUAAAUCGACAUCAUUAGCGCUGCCGCCAAUAUUUAUACAAUUAAAUAACGCAAAAUGAGAACGACGAGCCGAUCAUUCAAGAGCGCCUUCAGUUUAUGCCUAUACCUGAUCCAGUUGACGCAAGUUCUGGCUGGGACACAGUUCGCUUCACACGUCAGCAUCAACACUCCUGCGAGGAGUUUCAGCCAUGGAGUAGGGGACCCAGUGUCGUCCCUUGCGCGGAGGUCCUAUCAGCCGGUUAGGACAGUGUCCAGGAGUUUGAGAAGACCGCAGCCAUCCCAGGCGCACGAAGGCGGCUACCCUCGAGUGCGGCCUACGAUACCAUUCAACGACGAAGAUACGAGGCGCGGAAACGCGCUGAAAUACCCCUUGUGGCAACACAACAACUUCAUGGAUGUUUCCAUCCCACUGCUACCUCCGUCCCCUUACAAAGUGGACUCGCCGGACCCGGAGUCUCUGUGGCCCGAAGGCCUCUUCUUACCUCCAGUGGGUCCUCCGAGAUUCGGGCACUCCAUAUCGCGAGCCGACGGCAGAGACGCAUCGUCAGAAGCUGCACCCCAUGACCCAUACCUCCUGGAAGGUUCAGAAGCGAUAGCAGCAGUGACGAGAUCAAAUCGCCAUGGAAACCUCUUCUUCCACGAGAUUCCACACAUCCAGUCUUUACUAGAAAACCAAGAGUUGAGGAUCAGCAAUCAGCUCAAACCACACCGACUCGGCAGCAUACGCUACACCUGGCCGCUCAAUCGGCCAUAGCCUCCCAAAUAAAACAACGGCCAUGCAUGUAAACUGUAUUAUAUUUAAAAAAACUAUAAAAAAUACUCAUUGAUAUAAUAAAGUCAUAAUUUUAUACACUAGCUGCAUUUGAAAAUAAAAAUAUACCUCAAUAAAA